AUGAAGAUGACAGUUAAUCGAAUAAGAGUUGUAGUGCUUGGUAGCGCACGCUGUGGUAAAUCUGCUAUCGUCGUACGAUACCUCACAAAGCGCUAUAUUGGAGAAUAUAGCUCCACUGGUGAUUUCUUAUAUCAACAUCGGGUUGCAUUUGACGGAGCCACAUCAGAAGUAGAAGUUUUGGAUACAUGUGGUUGUGCGAAACGAGGAUGUCUCGCGGAACACCUUCGUUGGGGCGACGCUUUUGUUGUGGUUUAUUCAGUUUGCGAUCGACGCUCAUUCUUGGCAGCAUCCGAGCUGCUUUCUCUGUUAGAGCGAACAAGGCUUCCUAGUUGUGCUGCUGUGACAUUACUCGGGAACAAGAGAGAUUUAGAACAUGCAAGGGUUGUCAAUGCUGAGGAGGGUCAGGAGCUGUCGCUACGGUUCGGAUGCCAGUUCUACGAGGUGUCGGCUGCGGAGUCGAGCGCGGGCGCAGCGCUAGCCUUCCACGCGCUGCUGCGGGAGGCAAGAGCACUGGCGCUGUUGCUACCCGCACCGCGCCGCAAGCUCGCUGCCUACUCUGUCUCCAAGGUACGUCUCACACCGUACAACACUAUUGCGUUGCACGCGCUGCUGCUACCCGCACCGCGCCGCAAGCUCGCUGCCUACUCUGUCUCCAAGGUACGUCUCACACCGUACAACACUAUUGCGUUCCACGCGUGCUGCUACCCACCGCGCCGCAAGCUCGAGCCCAAGGUCACCCGUACACUAGUCGCGCUGCUGCUACCCGCACCGCGCCGCAAGCUCGCUGCCUACUCUGUCUCCAAGGUACGUCUCACACCGUACAACACUAUUGCGUUGCACGCGCUGCUGCGCGGAGGCGCCAGGUACUCCACACCAACACUAUUGUGGCACGCGCUGCUGCUACCCGCACCGCGCCGCAAGCUCGCUGCCUACUCUGUCUCCAACGUACGUCUCACACCAUACAACACUAUUGCGUUGCACGCGCUGCUGCGGGAGGCGCGAGCACUGGCGCUGUUGCUACCCGCACCGCGCCGCAAGCUCGCUGCCUACUCUGUCUCCAACGUACGUCUCACACCAUACAACACUAUUGCGUUCCACGCGCUGCUGCGGGAGGCUCGAGCACUGGCACUGUUGCUACCCGCACCGCGCCGCAAGCUCGCUGCCUACUCUGUCUCCAAGGUACGUCUCACACCAUACAACACUAUUGCGUUCCACGCGCUGCUGCGAGGAGGCUCGAGCACUGGCACUGUUGCUACCCACACCGCGCCGCAAGCUCGCUGCCUACUCUGUCUCCAAGGUACGUCACACAUCAUACAACACUAUUGCGUUCCACGCGCUGCUGCGGGAGGUGCGAGCACUGGCACUGUUGCUACCCGCACCGCGCCGCAAUCUCGCUGGCUACUCUGUCUCCACCGUACCUCUCACACCAUACAACACUAUUGCGUUCCACGCGCUGCUGCGGGAGGCGCGAGCACUGGCGCUGUUGCUACCCGCACCACGCCGUAA